CAAAGAUACUGGCGUUGACAUGAAGACGAGCAACUCUGGAUUAUAACGAGUUCUGCCACUAAACACCGGCUUUAUGUUACUGAUUUUCUAACAUCGAUUGGGAAAGUCGGUUUGAGGAUUUUUGUAAUUCAGAAACAAUAUUCAUGAUCGGAGGACUAUCAUAACAGACCCCGGAGACGCACAUUUUGAUAUGGAACACUGUUCAGUUUUUUCCUUUCUUCCAUAUUAGUCUGUAGAAGAUGAAUGCAUGAUAGUCAAGAGAGCACUCCACAUCAAUAAGUGAUGAGAUGACGGCUGACUACUUUGACUGUUGGAAGUUGUGUCGCUGUGGACUACUCGGAACUGAAAGGCCAGGAACAGAAUCCAACACUGAAUGAUAGAUCUGUCUCUGGAUUUAGCUGUUCUGCUCAGCGGCCUCCUGAUUUUCCAACAGGAUGGCGCAUUCGGGGUCACUCUGUGCCUGUUUGUCCUUUCUGAUUGUCCUCAGCACAUGCCAUGUCAUCCCCCGCAUCUCUUUUCCCAUGGGUAGUCCAGGUCGUUCCCUGACUGUCUUCACAAACCCUGAUGUUUACAACACCACCACGCUGUUGCUUAGCUCCGAUGAGGGCACAUUAUUUGUUGGAGCACGAGAUGCCAUUCUCUCCAUAGAUGUCAGUCAGACUGACACUAUGGCCAUGAAGGAGAAGAUGGACUGGUCGCCCUCAGAAAAAGACCUAGCUGAUUGUUCCAUGAAAGGAAAAAUGAAGACAGAUUGUUACAACUUUGUGAGGGUUCUGCAAGUGCUCAACUCUACCCAUAUGUACACCUGCGGAACAUUUGCCUUCAGCCCACGCUGCAUCUACAUCAAUUCAAAGACGUUCUCUAUGGUCACAGGCCCCAACGGUAAGCCUGAAGAAGGCAGAGGUCGUUGCCCUUACGACCCAUACCAGAAGAACACAGCCAUCACUGUAGAUGGAGAGCUGUACACAGGAACGGUAGCAGACUACAGGGGGAAUCGACCAGUCAUCUCACGACACUUGAGUGAGGGCAGCCAUGUUGAUCUCAAACUGGAUGAUACACUUGGCUGGUUAGAAGAUCCUACAUUCAUCAGCUCCACCUAUAUUCCCAGUGAGGAGAAGGUGUAUUUCUUUUUCAGUGAGACUGGAAGAGAGUACGACUUCAUUGACAAGUUUACUGUGUCUCGUAUUGCCCAAGUUUGCACCAGUGAUGUAGGUGGGCAGCGAACUCUGCAAAAACGCUGGACCACAUUUGCCAAGGCUCAGCUGCUGUGUCAAGCUGACCAAGAGCUGCCAUACAAUGUCCUGCAGGAUAUUGUCACCCUUCCACCACCAGAGGGUGCUUCUGAGGACGAAACGCUAUUCUAUGGAAUUUUCAGUUCUCAGUGGCGGGUAAACUUGGGUCGCUCAGUGGUGUGUGCUUUCAGCCUCAGAAGUAUUAAAGAGGUGUUUGCAGGAAACUACAAGGUUUUGAAUCGGGACACCCUGAAAUGGAGCACAAGGGUGCAGGAGAAAGUGGCAAACCCUGGAGAGUGUGGCCUCCAUAAUGCAUCAGACAACACACUUCGCUUUGUUAAAGAGAACUUCCUAGCUGAUAUAAGUGUUCCGCCAGUCAAUCAGGGCCUGUCUAUGGUGUCACCUGAUCAGAGCUACAGCAACAUCGCAGCUCAGAGAGUGCGGGGAGCCCGCGGCAGAGAUUACACUGUGCUUUACCUGCUCACAGAGUCGUGGUACCUGCACAAAGCUGUGGUUUUGGAGAAAGGAGCCCACAUCAUUGAAGAGAUCCAGGUGUUCCAUCAACCUCAGCCAGUGAAAAACCUCCUGCUUUCAAUCUCUAAGGGUGCAGUGUUGAUAGGCUCUUCAGAAGGAGUGGCAUCAGUUCCUGUGUCCAACUGCUCAUACUACUGGAGCUGUGCUGAGUGUAUUCUGGCCAGAGACCCCUUCUGCGGCUGGGACCCUGUGAUAAAAGUCUGCACAGACAUAACAAAACAGAACCAACUUGUCCAGGAUGUAGAUGGGGGUAAUGUUUCAGAACAGUGUAAAUCUGUGACCCCAAGGUCACGCUCAGGCCAGGGCCGAUCCUCCUCAGGUGAGGUGGUCUCUGUGUCUCUAAAUGAGGUGGUACACCUGCAGUGUCCCGCAGCGUCACACCUCGCCAAGCGUCACUGGGAGCGUCUGAACAGCCAGCUCUCGCCCAAAAUCUACAUUCAACUAGACAACGGCAGCCUCAGUUUUGUGGCAACCCCAUCCACCCUGGGACACUACCUGUGUCAGUCUGUGGAAAACGGCUACACCCAAACCCUAGUUGUCUACCACAUUAAACAGAAAAGUAACCCCAUCAUUCUACCAGUAACCCCAAGCCGCCCACAGAGCACCCCGGCCGCUAAUACAAGCAAUAAAGCCUCGGUCUACACGACCAGGUGGACGACACCCAAACGGACCGAGCCAAGGCCUAAAACUGAGGAGCCAGAGCCCACUGUUGCCCACAAAGUUACGCCGGUGGUCACCACACUGAAAAACAGGAACUUUACUCGCUGGUUUGGAUCUGAAGAGGAGAAGCCACGCGUGAGCGAGCCUGGUGGAAAUCUCAAGUUUGCUGACAAGCCCAGCUACUUGCAGGAACUUGUGGUGGUGUCUGUUUUGUUAGCUCUGUGUGUCAGCGCCUUGCUAACUAUCGCCCUCUACAAGUUAAGGCAACCGUGUCACAGCAGGACGGUCCCACAGACGCCCUCUUCUCUCAGGGAUGCGGAGAGGGGUGGAGCUGCAACACCGCAGGAAAGAGAGGCUCUCCAAAAGCAGUCGCCACGUGGGGAAAAACGGAAUGGACAAGCACCCAACGGACAAUCACAUAAUGGUCAGACGCACAAUGGCAAAUCUCCCAUCACACUGAGCAACAGUAUGCUGAACGGUUCGAAUGGCCAUCUACCCAACACACCCAUCUGAGGUCAGACACUUGUGCUGUUUAGCCCUUUUUUAUCCUGUGUUUAUCCUCUUUUCUGAGCCAUAUUUGGGCUUGUGCUGUGUCUGACCUUGAGCUUUGUUUCUAAACAACUUAAUUGGCAGGAUCACUUUGCCAUCAAAAAGAAAAAACUGCUAAAAAAAAAUGGCAUAUUGCAACUUUUAACAAACCUUUGGACCUGUAAGAUUCAAAGAUCCACUCUCAGACCUUUCUAUAAGUCAAUACAAAUGUAAAUUGUUUUGGUUUGUAAAUAUUUAAGCUGUAAUUUAUGUGACAACUGUUUCUUUCUGUGUAAAGUGUUUCAUAGAUUUUAUACCUCUCUCAAACCACUUUCAGACAAACUCAUGUGAACUGAGCAAUGAAAUUUCUUUUUUUUUUUUUUAUUGAGCUCAACAGUUUUAAGUUGGUAUUUUAGUCCAAUCAGUUUGUAACAGUCAUAUGCCUGCUACAGGGUAUUGCAGAAGUGAUCCCCCCCUUUAUUUCAUCUAGCACCCUCGGCUCAAAGCAGUUGGGACAGUUAGAAGUUCAGUUAAAUAAACCUUUAUUACAAUUGUAAUUUUGAUGAACCUAAAUGGUAAAGACAUCUUUAGAGAGAUGACAUAACUAAUUAACUUAUCAUACAUCUUUAUUAACAGGUAACUGAAAAAUGAAGGUACUGAAUCGUUGUCAGCUUUUGAUAUCAACAACAGCUUGGAGUUGAUUCACUAGUUCCUUUUGAAAAAUACAUAAAUUUUCAUGUUUAUCCAUUACAACACAAUUUCUUGUUGUUCAGAGUUGCCACGUCGCACAUCUAACUUUCUUUUUUAAUUAUUAUUCUAUUGUAAUCUAUGCGGGUAAUUCUUGUGAAACAUGUUAGAGAAAUGUAUUGGUCCUGUUUUACUCCAGAAUCAAAAGAAACAAAAACAUAUAUUUUGUGUAUAAAAAAAAAAUGAAGCCUAUUUUGCUUAAAGGGAUAGUUCACCCAGAAAUGAAAAUUCUCUCAUUAUUUACUCACCCUCAUGCCAUCUCAGAUGUGUAUGACUUUCUUCUGCAGAACACAAAUGAAGAUUUUUAGAAGAAUAUUUCAUCUCUGUAGGUCCACACAAUACAAGUGAAUGGUGACCAAAACUUUGA